AGCUAUUAGAUUAGCCAACGUAUUUAAGAAAGGAUUUAAUGAUGAAUUUUAGCUCUAUUUUAGUGUUUAAAAUUUAAUCCACUUUUUAAGUACUUAGUCUGUGCCAGGCACUGUGGUAGGUUUUGGGGAAUAAAAGAACAUGGAUCCUGCCCUUGAAUAUUUCAUAAUCUAGUAGAGGAAAAUAAGUCGACACGCAUUAUGCCUCAGCACACUGGGCCGUGAAGAGGGUGCAGGAUGCUGUGAGAGUUCACGGGGUUGGCGCCUAACUCACACUGAGGCUCAGAGGCAGCUUCCCAGAGCUCUGAAACUCAAGAGUGAGGAGACUUUAGGAGAACAGGAUGGGGAAGAUUCCAGGCCAAGGGAUUGGCUUGCACCAAAGCACAGACAUGAAGAAGCAUGACAGUUAAAGCACUGAGUGGUUCCGUGUCAUUGGAGUCUGGGGUGGAGCACAGGAAUGGUGAGAGAUGAGGCCAGGUGGGGGCAGUUGAGGCUUGUUUAACCUAAAGAAUGUAUAUUCUGUCCUGAAGGAAACAGGGAGCUCUUGAGAGAAUAUAGGCAGAGGGUUACUUAAAUAGAUGGACAUUUGAAAAAUCAGUCUGGAAAUAUAAUAGAGGCUAGAUUGGAUGGUAGAGAGCAAGGCAGAACUCGGAGGCAAGGAGUGGAUUAGAGACUGUUUGAAUAAUCUGGGGAAAAAUGAAGAGGACCUGAAGAGGUGGAGAAGGACAGAAUUAGGAAAUACUCAGGAGGUAAAAUUACCUGGCCAUGGUUAAUAGAUUUCAUGUGGGGGAAGAGGGAGAAAGAGGAAUCUGGAAGUAACUCCCAGGCUGUUGGAUGAAGGAGGUACAGUUCACCAAGACAGAGAAUUAGAAGAGAAGAGAAUAGAGUUGGGGGUUGGGGGUUCGGGGGUGGAGAGAAGGUAAUGAUUUUCUCCAUCGUAGCAGUAUUGGAUGAGAAAUGUGCCCGGAGUUUCGGUUUAUGAGUCCAGGAACACAUCUAACUCCACUGCAUUGGAGGACCCCUGCCCUUAUCUCCUGUUUUUCUGGGCAGGGAGCACUAGGAUGUCCCCAGCUACAAGCCAGUGGAGAGACUCCAAAAGGAAGGAAAAGAAAACCCAGAACAACAGAACCAAAAAAACCAGCGGAACCCAAAAAACCUGCUGAGACCAAAAAAUCUGGGAAGUCCACAAAAUCAAAAGAAAAGCAAGAAAAAAUAACAGACACGUUUAAAGUGAAACGAAAAGUAGACCGUUUUAAUGGUGUUUCAGAAGCUGAACUUUUGACCAAGACUCUCCCAGACAUUUUGACCUUCAAUCUGGACAUUGUGAUUAUUGGCAUAAACCCAGGACUAAUGGCUGCUUACAAAGGUCAUCAUUACCCUGGACCUGGAAACCAUUUUUGGAAGUGUCUGUUUAUGUCAGGGCUGAGUGAGGUCCAACUGAACCAUAUGGAUGACCACACUUUACCAGGGAGGUAUGGUAUUGGGUUUACCAAUAUGGUGGAAAGGACAACACCAGGCAGCAAGGAUCUUUCCAGUAAAGAAUUUCGUGAAGGAGGACGUAUUCUAGUGGAGAAAUUACAGAAGUAUCAACCACGAAUAGCAGUGUUUAAUGGAAAAUGUAUUUAUGAAAUUUUUAGUAAAGAAGUUUUUGGAAUAAAGGUUAAGAACUUAGAAUUUGGACUUCAACCCCAUAAGAUCCCAGACACAGAAACUCUCUGCUAUGUUAUGCCAUCAUCCAGUGCAAGAUGUGCUCAGUUUCCUCGAGCCCAGGAUAAAGUUCAUUACUACAUCAAGCUCAAGGACUUGAGGGAUCAGUUGAAGGGCAUUGAACGAAACACAGACGUUCAAGAGGUGCAAUAUACAUUUGACCUACAGAUGGCCCAAGAGGAUGCAAAGAAGAUGGCUGUUAAGGAAGAAAAAUAUGACCCGGGUUAUGAAGCAGCGUAUGGCGGUGCUUACAAUGACAAUCUGUGCAACAGUGAACCUUGCAGCUUCUCUUCAAAUGGGCCAACAGCUGAUAAUGGAGAAUCAACUUUCAGUGACGUUCCAAAUGGGCCGUGGAUGACCCAGUCGUUUACAGACCAGAUUCCUUCCUUUCAUAAUCAUUGUGGGAUGCAAGAACAGGAAGAAGGAAGCCAUGCUUAAGAAGGGUGCUCAGCUCUGCUUCAAGGCUGCAGUUUUAAUGCAGCUGUGAAGAAGAGUCCCUCGGCGUGCUAACUAAAGUACUUUAUUACUGUUUUACUCUGGUGAUGUAAUCAGUACAGUUGUGUGGUAGAAUCAACUGUACAAACCUAAGUAGUUUGGAAGGAAAAAGUAGGGUUUUUUUUGGUAUAUGAGUUUUUGUAGUUGAAUUAACCAUCAUUCCAGCUUUUUAUAAACUGUUUCAUGUAUGAAGAAAUUGACUUUCUUUUGGGUAUCACUUUUAAUCUGUAAUUUUAAAAUGCAACAGUCUAAAUAUUUAUACUUGAUUGCUAACUGUGCGUAAACCUAGAUAACAACGUUAUCCCUUUUAUGCCUAAGAAGCGCAUGCUAAUAAGCAUUAGCACGGGUGCAGAGGCAGCUGUGCUGAUGUUCGUGUCUGAAGUUAACCCUCCGUGGAGCCUCAUUGGGUCGUUUUUGGCAGGUUUGAUGGGCUCCCUGAGUGGCAGUCACACUCUGACCUCUUUGCUUUACCAGUGGGGAGCCUUUAGGAGAUUCUUAGCGGCAGAAACGUAGAGUGUGGCCCUGCAGCUGCAAGGCCAGCCCGGCCUGUCCUGACAGGACAUGGAGCCUGGCUUUGGCCUCCCUCCCCCGUGUGUUAGUCCUCUCGUAGGCAGAAACUAUUCUACGAGGAUGGUAAGUUCCAGAGAACGCAGUAGACGUUUUAAAUUUUGUUCCUUCAUCUCUGUUUUACUUGAGAGACAUAACGGUUGACAGCGAAGGAACUGCAUGUCCCUCUCAAUAGCUGUCACCGUUCUGAUUUUAUCCUCUGUGGCUUUAAGAAUCUAUCAUGGAAAGUGAUGAGAAAUGAACUUCCAGGCUGAGCAACAAGAUGCUGGAGGUGUUUGAUAAUCUUACUUAAACUGGUGCUCUAUGUACAUGAGAUGUACUAAAAUAAGUAAUACAGAGUUUUUCUUACUAGGUAAAUCUAAUAAGCCAGUAAUUGAAAAAGUUCUUUGCUGCAUCAUUGCUGUUUGUUACUGUGGACUAAAUGAACCUCACGGCAAGGCUGGUCUGAAGAAAUGCACCUUUGUGGUUUUCUAAUGCAUUUUCCAUGGUGCUAGAGAGUCCAGACUAUUAGGCCUGGUGGAUUUUAAAGCUGGGUACUCGGAAAUGCCCUUUGCAUUUACUCCUGAUCACUUCUGAAUAUUCUGAUUUCAUACAUACCCAGGGAGCAUGCUGUUUUUCAAUAUGAAAAUAUUUAUGAGGUUUUUUUUCUUUUCUAAGCGGUCACAUGGCUUGUUCUCUUUAUAAUAAGAGAAAUUCUUGUGUGAAUGUGAACAUGCUUUUUAGUUGUGGCUGUGAUGGGUUUUCUUUUUCCUUUAGUCUAGGUCAAGCUGUGUAAGUCCUUCAUGUUAUUUAAGUCACGUACUGUACUGCUGUUUACAUGGAUGUUUUAUGCGGGUGCUUUGAAGUGCCUUGCAUCAGGGAUUAGGAGCAAUUGAAUUAUUUUUUCAUGGGACUAUGUAAAGCAUGUAACUAGGUAUUGUUUUGGUAUAUAACAAUUAUAGCCUUAAAAUAGAUUUUUUUUUGAGUGGAGAAAAUACCCUUUAAAUUAUGAUGGACUCUCACUGGAGAAUGGGUUUGAGGAUUUUCCAAGUAUACAAUAAUGAUGUUUUUCAUUAAAUAUGACAGAUGAGUAGUAAAUGUUGAUAUAUCCUAUAUGUGACAAUAUGAGACUUUUUCAUUAAAUAAUAUUGAAAAAGUUUUUAAA